AUGGCCUCACUCCAGGGAAAGAAGGAUAUGCGACGCGCCGACCUCAUUGUGCCCUACGCCGAACCGGCCAAGGACAAGUCAGAUGGCGACAUGUCGAGCACGAUGGCAAGCACGCUGCCCAUGGCUGCUAUAUUCACCCGGAACAAGAUGAUCGGCUGGGUGUCCGUGGUCUUCUCCGUGCAGUCGUGGCUCGCUGAGACCCCAGAGCAAAAGAAGACGUCCACAACCCCGGCUUACUUUUCAGUUGGCAUGGCCGUGAUGUCUCUACUCGUUUCCACCAAACGCACGCUCUACUAUUCUCAGCUGUACCGGCAUAGCAUACCCUGCGCACGUAACAAUAACCCCACCCACAGCGCACACGCAACACUUGUUUGUAUGUCCAUCGAGAAUCUCAAGACCUUCGACCCGUUCGCGGAAGCCGAUGAAGGCACCGGCGAGAAGUCCUCAGCGCAGUCCCAGGACUACAUCCACAUCCGUAUCCAACAGCGCAAUGGACGCAAGACGUUGACCACCGUGCAAGGCCUGCCCAAGAAGUUCGACCAAAAGAAGAUCCUCAAGGUCAUCAAGAAGAAGUUCGCCUGCAAUGGAACCAUAGUCGCAGACACCGAGAUGGGUGAGGUCGUCCAGCUCCAGGGAGACCAGCGCAAGGAUAUCCAGGAUUUCUUGACCGACAAGAAGGAGGGCCUUGGUCUCGAUGCGAAGACCAUCAAGGUCCACGGUUUCUAAACGCUAUCAAGUGCGAGUCCCGCCCCUCCAGGCACCGGCACCUGCACCGCCUCGGGUUCCGCGGGACAUAGGCUCUUCCCUCCAUGCGUUUAUGACGCUCGUUUUGCUGAGGCUGACACGGACGGAACGGCACGACACUGCCGCAGGGACAGAGACUACGGGAUUAUGGGGCUGUUCGCAAUAUGCGCUGGACGUCGAGAAUGUUUCAUGCGUCCAUGAAUGAUACCGAUGGCUAGAAUUCUCACGACAUGAAUCUUUACAUCCUCCAAGACUUGACCACUU